CCCCCAGGGCCGGGGUGGGCCCCCCAGGCGUCCCCCCCCCCCGCCCUCAGGCCCCUGGGCCUGCCCUAGGCCUGGUGGGCCCAGCCCUGCCGCCAUGGCCUCGCCGCCGGCGCCCCCGGCCAAGAAGCGCAAGAUGAACUUCUCGGAGCGCGAGGUGGAGAUCAUCGUGGAGGAGCUGGAGCGGGGCAAGCACCUGCUCAUCAACCACUUCAACGCGGGCGUCCCGCUGGCUGCCAAGGCAGCCGCCUGGCACGACAUCCUGCGGCGCGUCAACGCCGUGGCCACCUGCCGCCGCGAGCUGCCCGAGGUCAAGAAGAAGUGGUCGGACCUCAAGACCGAGGUGCGGCGCAAGGUGGCCCAGGUGCGCGCCGCCAUGGAAGGGGGCGGCGAGGGCCAGAACGGAGCCGGCGGCGGCGGACAGGACGGCGAGGACCCAGCGGGUGCCGUCGCCGCCCCCGUCAUCCUCACGCCCAUGCAGCAGCGCAUCUGCAACCUGCUGGGCGAAGCCACCAUCAUCAGCCUGCCGGCCGGGGACUGCACGGCCGGGGACGCCGCCGAGAUCCCCAUCCCAGCCUCCGCCACCACCGUCACCCUGACGCAGAUCCCCACAGAGACAACUUAUCACAGUCUGGAUGAUGGGGUCGUGGAGUACUGCACCACAGAGGCUCCCACCACAGUUACUGCUGAAGCUCCCUUGGAGAUGAUGGCACAUCAACCUGAGGUGUCUGCCAAGCCCCAGGAGCUGAAAAGCAGAAUUGCCUUAAAUUCAGCCAAGCUCUUGCAGGAGCAGCGGGUGACCAAUCUGCACGUGAAGGAGAUUGCCCAGCACCUGGAGCAGCAGAAUGACCUUCUGCAGAUGAUCCGCCGCUCCCAGGAGGUGCAGGCCUGUGCACAGGAGCGGCAGGCGCAGGCCAUGGAGGGGACGCAGGCUGCUCUGAGCGCUCUCAUCCAGGUCCUGCGCCCCAUGAUCAAGGACUUCCGUCGAUUCCUGCAGAGCAAUACGCCCAAUCCCUCAGUGACUUCUGACCCAAGCCAGGUGGCCCAAAAUGGGCAACAAGAUGGUAUCAUCCAAUGAAGGAAGGGCUGGCUGUUUUUCUCAAAAAACCUGUCUUUGCUGCUGUAGGACACAAGGGGACAGAGAGAGAUCCACUCUUGUCACAGUGGAGUGGUUCAGCUCUAGCCCUCUGGAGUAGAAAACUGUUCCUGGACAGCUUCCUUCUCUGCGUUGAGCCUUGAUGGACUUACCAUCCAGAGUGGAAGCCAGGAUGUGCGAUGAACUUGGAACAUAAUGUUGGUGGGUUUGGUUCCUUUAAAAAAUCUAGAUUUAUAAAAAGACAAUUAUUUUUUUUAUGUCUAUGUGAAGGCUGAUCUUAAAAAAAGGAGACCUCUCACCCAGGGCUUGCAGCUUCUAGUCGACUCCUAACACGGUGAGGGGCUUGGAUUCGCAUCCUGUUGCUGAAAGAACCCAGAUCCCGUGCUGCAGUACAGGGGAGCUAAUGCAUUCCUGUCUUUUGCUGGACACUUUUAAGUAAAAAAAUAUAUAUAUAUCUGAGGUAGUGCAGGCAUGCAUCUGUGCUGGGAUGUUGUGGAUACUGCUCUUCAAGGGUGGAAUUCGCUCCUGUGCAGAAGACCAGCACAAGGCCUCUGCACAACCCAAAUUCUGCACAUGUCCUGCUGCAGCCCUCAAAAUAGGGUUAAACGGUGCCAGCCUUUUGCACACAUGGGGCUGGGAGAGGCAUCUUUGUCUAUGUUUAAGUUACCAUCCUGGAAAAUGCAUUGGAAACAGUGUUAAAUGUCUGGGGUAGAACUUGAGGGCAUGAGGAGAUAUGAAUUUUAUUUGGGUGAGUUACAGCCAGAACUCCAUCUCUUUGUCACCCAGGUGCCUGGUACUGCCGCUUAGUUUGGAACCUCUACAGUCCAAUAUUGCAGCAAGCUGAGCUAAAGAUAGGGUUUCAGCAGAGCGGUAAUGCUGAAAUUUUGGCAAGCAUGGGUUUCAGUGAUUCAGUAGUUAACUGUAUGGAUUGGGGCAGGGUUCUUUCCCCACCCUCCCCUUUUCUGCAGUUUUAAACUUGUUUUGUAUUUUUAAAGAACUGGAAAGAAUCCUGCAGUCCUUACUCCAUCAGUAUGCCAGUUGACUUUAGCAGGCAUUUGGACUGAGGACUGUGGGAUUUUUGCCCUGAAAGUUUUUUUUUUUAAGACUAUACUGGGAAAAAUGCUUGUCCACUACCCAGCAUAUACUGCCUCAUUUACAAACUGGUUUCAUGUAAACCCAAGUAAAAGUGCUUAAUUCCAUGAAAUGUCAAUCGAUAGGUGUGAAUGUGGUUGUCAUAGAUACACACUAACUUCAUGAUCUAAAUAAGCUUAUUGCUUGUUGAAAAGCUCGCCUGUACUUGCACAGAAACUGAUUUUUUUUUUUUUAAUAACUUCAUUCUCAAAUUUUUCCUCCCUCCCAACCUUACCCCACUGCAGAACCAGAGCCAAAAUUAUGGAUUAAUCACUCGCCAGACAUCACUAUUGAAAUGGAAUUUCUAAUGCUGAGGCAAAACUGGUUGUAGAUUUGGAAUUUGUGAAGGAACAAAUCUGGACAAUCUAAUUAUAGACCCCUGAAUGUUUUAUGAUGGGGACCUUGGCAAGAGCAGUCCAUAGGAUACUGCUGUAUUUUAUAAUUGUGCUAGAACUCAGCACACCCUCUUCUGUGUGUCUUGAGUCACUGAGCGAGAGAGAACAAACAGCAUCCACUGAAGGUUUUGGCUUGUGGAAGAUAUGAGCUAUCCACCCUCAUCUCUGUGCCGAGUCAGGACAGCAACAGUAAUGGCUUCCCACCAUGUUCAGCAUCUAACCUAACCACAGGAGUACACUUCUCCAGGCAGAUUCAAACCUGGUGGAAGCGAAUCACUUCUUUAAUUGAAGUUUAUAAUUAAAGCAAAUUGCAAUGGAUUUGGUUUUACCUCAUCUGUAAAAAGAAUGGUCUCCAUAAAUAGUAAUUUUAAUAAAAAAAUACACAUUUUGGUAAAUAGGCUCUUUCCGUUUAUGGGGGGGGGGGUUCCCUCCACAGAAUAAACCACAUACAAGUGCCACACCUACAACUUGCAAAGUGUUCAGAAAUCAGGAAAUGCUAGCUGAGGUUGCUGAAAGCAGGUGCACUUUUAACUCUUCUCCUUUGGCACAAGCUUUAGAAUAUAAUCUUUGGUGAUAUGAUCACAUUCUGUUGCUCAAAUAUCAAUCAUCUCUACAACCUUAUCUUGCAGUUCUGGUAACUAUGCUGUGUAUGCCACACAAUUGGAGCCCCUGAGUAGUAUGCUGUACUCAUCCGCCAUGAUC